ACAACGUCAGGGGAGUGUUUGCAAACAAAGACCAGCCACGUGGAGGACAAAGGUACGUUGGGAAGUGCUGUUUCUGAUUCGACAACUGAAAUACACUACCCAUAAGCACCAAGAUUUCUAGUUGACUGGGUCGGCAUAUCCCGAGGAUGUGAUAUGUAUCUCCGUGUGAUGUUUACACUUUGUUACAGUUCUUUGUCUCGAGCAUAAUAAAUCAUGAUGUCUAGGCAUAGAUACAUAUAUUUUUUUGUAUAAGAAACAUUGCCAUCAUACCAUUUUUGGAUCAAGAAUUUUCGGAUCAACAUUUUCAGAACUUUUUUGUUUCUUGUUUUUUUUCAUCACUCGAAAUAGCCGAGGCGGCUCAUACGAAAACUCCAGGAUAAGGUAUCCGGUAGUUCUACAGAGCAGCAGCCAUGGUGUUGAUCCUGGGCAGACGGCUGAACAGGGAGGACUCUGGGACCCGGGACUCCCCCGCUGUCAAACGAAAGGUGUUCGAGGUGGACUCCAAGACGCUGACCGGUAAUGAAGUGCUGGACUUCUCCUCCGGCUCCUCCCACUCAGAGGCCAUUUUGCAGGUGUUCAAUGAGUUCCGCGACAGCCGCCUCUUCACCGACGUGAUCAUCAGCGUGCAGGGCCGCGAGUUCCCCUGCCACCGCGCUGUGCUCUCUGCCUGCUCCUCCUACUUCCGCGCUAUGUUCUGCAACGACCACCGUGAGUCACGCGAGAUGCUGGUGGAGAUCAAUGGCAUUCUGGCCGAGGCCAUGGACUCCUUCCUCAGCUACGUCUACACGGGCCGCGCCAAGAUCACCACCGACAACGUGCAGUUCCUAUUCGAGACCUCCAGCCUCUUCCAGAUCUCCACGCUGCGUGAAGCCUGCGCCAAGUUCCUAGAAGACCAACUAGACCCUUGCAACUGCUUGGGAAUCCAGCGCUUCGCAGAUGCCCACUCUCUGAAACAGCUAGCCAGCCGUUGCCGCUCGUACGCCCUGGCCAGCUUCCCUGAUGUGGCCCAACACGAGGAGUUCCUGGACCUGAGGAGGGACGAGCUGGAGGAGUACAUAUGCAGUGACGAACUGGCCAUCGGGAAGGAGGAGGUAGUGUUUGAGGCAGUGAUGCGCUGGGUGUACCACAGUGUGGAGCCCCGGAGGCCCGUGCUUAAAGAACUGUUGCACCACGUCCGUCUGCCCCUGCUGCACCCCAACUACUUUGUCCAGACAGUGGAAGGAGAUCAGAUCAUCCAGACCGCUCCAGAGUGCUACCAGCUUCUCCACGAGGCCCGACGGUACCACGUACUGGGCAACGAGAUGAUGUCACCCAGAACCCGCCCACGCAGGUCGACAGGCUUCUCAGAGGUGAUCGUGGUGGUAGGGGGCUGUGAGAGGGUGGGGGGGUUCAACCUGCCUUACACAGAGUGUUACGACCCUGUGACAGGAGAGUGGAAGUCCCUGGCCAAGCUCCCAGAGUUCACCAAGUCAGAGUACGCCGUCUGUGCCCUCCGCAACGACAUCCUGGUCUCAGGGGGGCGUAUCAACGGCAGAGAUGUGUGGAUGUACAACUCUCAGCUCAACCUAUGGAUCCGAGUUGCUUCACUCAACAAAGGACGCUGGAGACACAAGAUGGUGGUCCUACUGGGGAAGGUCUAUGCAGUGGGAGGGUAUGACGGUCAGAGUCGUCUGAGCAGUGUGGAGUGCUAUGACUCCUUCUCUAACCGCUGGACAGAGGUGGCUCCCAUGAAGGAGGCGGUCAGUUCUCCGGCCGUGUCCAGCUGUGCUGGGAAGCUCUUUGUCAUCGGGGGAGGGCCCGAUGACAACACUUGCUCUGAUAAGGUCCAGUGCUAUGAUCCAGAGGCAGACACCUGGGCGCUAAGGGCAAGCAUCCCCAUCGCUAAGCGCUGCAUCACGGCGGUCUCCCUGAACAACCUGAUCUAUGUGUCAGGUGGUCUAACCAAGUCUAUCUUCUGCUACGACCCUGCGGAGGACUACUGGAUGCACGUGGUGCACACCUUCAGCAAACAGGAGAGCUGUGGAAUGUCGGUGUGUAAUGGGAAGAUCUUCAUCCUGGGUGGGCGGGGUGAGAACGGCGAGGCCUCUGACUCCAUCCUGUGUUACGACCCGGCAACGGGCAUCAUCACCGGCGUGGCGGCCAUGCCUCGCCCCAUCUCUUACCACGGCUGUGUCACCAUCCAUCGUUACAACGAGAAGUUCCACCACCGGCCCUGACCCCACAAACACACACACAAACACACAGGCUUGUACAUAAACAUGCUUUAAAAGACAUUCACUCACACAAAACGAUUCUUCAGACACGCGCUCUCUAAAAAGGGUGCAAAUAGACAUGCACACACUCUCAACCCUUUUUUUUCCUCUCAAGAAGCAACUAAUUUAGAAAUUCAGGCCACAGCCCCAGUUUCAGUUUCACUUGUUUCCUUAUUGUCCCAUGAAGCAACACUCUGGUGCUGGUAUUGUGGUAUUCCUGCUAUGCUACUCCAGAUCCAUCUAUGCCUGCCAGUUGACUUUGUUAAGGUGGUUGUUCAAUGUAAAACCAAACCAUAGACUGGCUGGUAUGCCUCCAGACACCACUAUGUAUGUGUUUAGAUAGAGCCUUCAUGGAGCCCGUGGCAGGAUCAGAUCAGAGCAGGCAGACAUGCGCCAGGGUUGUGGAGGUCAUGACAUUUUGUCGGCCGGUGAUUUUCAAGCAAAUAACUGCCGGUGUCACGGUAAUUAACCGUUAAUUAACAUAAACACAUUUAGCAUCUCCUGGCUUCCACUUACAGCCUACAAGCCACUGAUGCAGAUCUUUGGAAUAUAUACACAUUUUAAAAGUCUUAAUAAAUCCAUUUAAUAUGGCCUACACCUUCACAAUUAAUCCAUAAUUUAUUUUAGACAGGUCUAAAGAAACAUGAUAUGAAGAGGGACCGCAAAUGUGAUUAUGAUUGUAAUGCUUUAUUAUCUUCCCCAAACUUGGAACUCACAAGCCGCCUAUGUAUGUCAGUUAUUCUCCACACCGGUUGUAAAGGGGAUUCAUGUGCUUAAUUCUAAGAAGUUAUUUGACCACUUGAGUUGUAAUUCUAACCUUAUCAAAACAUAUAGGCCUAUGGGCUAGGCUACAUUAGGUGUGCGACUAUGAUUUGAAAAAUUCACCAAAAAACGGCAUGCACUGUUUCUUGUCUUACUGGACACACUGGGCAUCAUUCACAAGUGAUAAUACACCAUUCACAAGUGAUAAUAUUGUUCUCAGACUAUUCUUAAUUUGUUAUCAGACUAUUCUUAAUUUUUGUCUUUACUGUACAUAUACUAAAUAAUAUAUGUGUGAAAUUAGUUUUGAUUUUGAAUGAACCAUUAUCAUACACUUGUCUCAGAACAGGGGCAGGGGAAAAAAGAUGUAAUCUAUGCACUUAAAUAGCGAAUGGAGGACUCUUUUCCCCUGGUUAAUUUUCAUGCCUGCCAGGUAUGCUGUACUGAUGUUGUAAAGAUAAGCAUUGUGCUUAAUAAUAGGAAGGUUGAGAAAUAAAUAUAGUAGGCCUAGUCUAUAGAAAACUGAUGGGAGCCUCCUCUUUUUAGUAGAAGCCAUCACUCUGUUUUCUCACACAAUUGCAUAGCCUAUAGAAAUGUUGCGCAACGUGAGCUCAUGGUCUCUCAUGAAGUGUUUGAUUUGAUUUUCCGAUCACAUUUGCAUUGAUGUCAGAGUGAUUAUAGGGACAAUAGAGUGCUGAGUACCAGGCAGUUAGCAAGUUUGGUAGGCUACUAAUGUCCACCAGCAGCAUCAGAGCGCACGCAGUUUUGGAGAAGCCUAGUUACCGUGACUAAACAGUCACGUGGAAUUUGACUGUGGUCAUGACUUGUGAACGGCGGUACAGCGGUAAUAUGGUCACUGUAACAGCCCUAGACAUGCCUAGCAGCAGUGUGUAGGCCACAUGCAUUCUUGUGCCAGUAGCAGCUCCUUGUCUCCUCUUCCUAAGAACCAGAGAUAGUCUCUAUCUGCACAUCAAAGAGCACAAUCUUUGAUGGACAGAUAGGGAGUCAUGAUAGUGGAUGAAACAAAGUGUUGCUUUUAGAGAUUAUCUCCUUAACCUUCAGGUGUUCAGGUGGACAAGUACUGACAGAUAGUGAAUUGUGAUAGUGAACAGGAAAGCUUUGAUUCAGACUUGAGAGAAAUUCAUAGGAAUCUGCCACUGAUUGACAAGGGGUGGUACAGUAAUUCUUAGAACCCAGUUUUAAAAGGCAAUAUGCAUUCCAACCAUCUUAAAAUGGCUUCCUCUUUCUUCGUAACCACUUGAUAAUAUCAUGGAAAUUGGAACAGUAUCAUGGAAUGUAUCAAGCACCUGGAUGCCAGAGGGUAGGAAUGUGGUUCCAUGACUUCAAUUUUAUAUGUCGUUAAGCAGUGAUUGUUUGGUAUAAAACAAAACAAGCUGGCCUAUGCUUAUCCAAAAACAGAGGCCAUGUCCAAAUAGAACUAAACGUCUUAUUUUCAUUGUCGUCUUUUGUCUCAUUGCCACUAAUUUCAAAUGACAUUCAUUUUAGGAAGCUACCUCCUGCUGUGGUCUGAACUCUGAUUCCGCUGACUCCUAUUUCCUUUUCCUGUUAGAGGUUCCCUUACUUACUCUUUCCAUAUCAUCUCUUUCCUCUUCUCAUAUCCUACCUCUUAUCACUGACACUCAUCAUAAUUCCCUUGAAUCUUUGCUAUACACACACACACACACACACACACACACACACACACACUGAUUUUUUUGUUGUUGUUCAAUUUAUUAAAUUAUAUUUGUAUUUUUGACUGUUGGAUAUGUGUGCUGAUGUUAUACCUUGUGCUUGGUGGUGUGCUUGUUGCUACAUAGAGUUUAGAUAGUUGGUUUGGAUGUUGGGUGUGUGGGUGAUUUAGUCAAUAUCAGCAGGGCCGUUUUCUAGCAUUUUGGGGGCCCAAAGCGAGAUUUGGUUUGCAGAGUUCAAAUGUUGCAUUAUUAAAGCUAAUUUCAUGCAGUUCUACACAUUUUGCCAUGGGUUGGGGGCCCAAUAGCGGCCGCUUAUGUCGCGUGUGCCUAGAAACAGCACUCGAUAUCAGAUGCCUUAGUAGAUGAAAUCUCAAAGACUGUUAUAAGUGAGUGGUAUAUUGGGUGAUUUUUAUUAUAUGUAAACCAGUUAUAGCUUUAUAUCAUAACAGUCUGUUUACUAUUGUGCUGCUUACCCAGUGGCCUUGCCUCAUAUAUGCAAAUUCUAUAGAACUCUGUGCCAUACAUAGACAAUGGCACCUCUCACCUGUAUACUCAUACAAUGUAUAGCUCAUGUACACAAUGUAGCUCGGGGUAACCAUGGAAACCUCCAGGUGUGUGGGCCGUUGGCUUUACCGAGCUGACACCUGUGUAUUAACUCACAGGAUAUGAUUGAUUGGCAGGUGUGAUGGUGGUAAUUGUAAGUCUUGAUUCUGGUCAGUAAAAGUCGCCUUUUACUUUUGGUGUCGUUAGAAUAAGAGAAUAAGAGAUUCAUUGCUGUGAAUUGAUGUAUUGCUGUGAUACGGUGACGUUGAGGCCUUCUCUUUGCCACAUUUUUAUUCAAAUGUUCUGUCAUCCUUCUUUGCAUAUGGUUUGUGUCUUUUUGCUGUUUUUUUUUGUAUCCGAGAGCCCCAAUUGUGCACUUUUACUAUUAUAUCACAAUGUAAAUAUGAUUUUUUUUAUUUCCUUUUAUUACUGUAUCAGUAAAAGCUAUUUGCUUUCAUGUGACGUAUGUGAGUGGGGUGAAUGGAGCCUGUCAGCGCCUCGUACUGGUCUGCCACAACUAUAAUAUGUCAGAUCAAGAUCAACACAGGGAGAGAAAGAGGGGGGGGGGGGGGGGGGGGGUAGAGGAACAUGCACUACGUUAUUGGGUCAAGGGUAAGGAACUGUUUUGUUUCUCAAUUACGUUUUUACUAAAUAAAUCAAAGUGAAAGAAAAUGUGAGGCAUGUUAGCUUAAUCUGUAUUCCAGUGUUUUGUGUCAUAGUUGAGCAAGAGAGACUUGUUGUUUCUUGUUUUGGUGGCGAAUGCUGGGAUUGUGUGUGUUGUUGAUGAGUGAUGCUUGUUUUUGACAGUCUGCCACAGGUAAGUUGUCUGCUCUAUAUUGGAUGACUCUCAAGGGGAGAAGUGAUUGAAGGAUGUAAAUGCAGAGUUAGGCAUUUGGCCCAGAUCAAAUCCCUAAGGUGAUGUUUUGAACUUGCUUUCAUGGGAACCCUGGAUUUGAGCUAUGGAUUUAUGAAUUUGUGUACAAGAUGAGGGCUAGUUCCACCUAGAGAAUGCAAUCCUUUGUGCCUGGAAUAAGACAAUAUUGGAUUAAAAUCUGUCUUUCUGAUAUUAAGGAAACAACAUUAAAUGAAAGUAUGUAUGAUGUGAUAUUCAAAUCUCUCUUUCGCCUUGGUUCUUCUGUUUCUUCUGAAAAUUAGCGUGGACUGUCUGAGCUAUAGUAUGUCGGACUGUAAUUGCUGGCUUGUGUAAAUGAAGCAUCAAUAAAGUUAUUCUCUAUACUGAA